CUGUCUUCCCAGACAAGUCCGGUAGCAGUUUACCGAACCCUGAUGGAUGGAAGGCUUGGUGAGCUUGAGGCGCUGGGACCGAUCCCAUUUGUAUUGCAGGACGCCUCUGACCACUGCAUUGCAGGCUCCCCACGUUUUUUACGAAACAUUAUUAAGUCUGUAACUCCUCGAGAAGAUGUUAUUAUAGGAAAUGUGGCUGGUCGUAAAGGAUUUCCCCAUGUCGUCUAUGCUCGUGUCUUUCGAUGGCCGGAUUUACACAAGAAUGAGAUACGUCAUCUAAGCAUUUGUGAAUGCGCUUUCGACCUUAAGUGUGACUCUGUAUGUGUGAAUCCAUACCAUUGCGAACGUAUCUUGAAUCCAACACUUAAUAAUUUCUUCGACUCGAACUGGGGUUGCUUUGUUUACUACGAGCGAGAAACGCAAAUAGGUAGACUCCAGGUGAAGCAUGCUAACAUGUACAUUGAUGGUGGGUUUGGCCAAGCUUCUAAUAGGUACUGUCUAGGACGGGAAAACAAUCCGCUUCGUGAACCAGACUUUUCUUGUAGGCAAACGAUUGGAGAUGGCAUUCGUCUUUCUUUCAAGGAAAACGGCGAUGUUUGGGUGCAGGUGUACACUGGACGUGCUAUAUUCGUCCAUUCGCAUUAUCUAGAUCGAGAAUCUGGUCGAGGUGCCGGUGACGUGGUCCAUAAAGUGUAUCCCGGGGCGAAAAUCAAGAUUUUCGAUUUGAAUAAUGCCAAGGCAAUCCUUCGUCAACAUAUGGUUGCGUGUCAAAUGGCCAGAGAGUAUCUAGCGGGUCAUAAGACGCCUAUGGAUGAUUUGUUUCGCGUGUAUAAGAAGAAGCAAUUCAAUAAGCGAGAUAUUUCCACUGAUGAUAUGAAACGAUUUUGUGUAGCUCGAAUAUCGUUCGUAAAAGGGUGGGGUCCUGACUAUAGCCGAAGAACAAUUAACGAGUGUCCAUGCUGGAUUGAAGUGAAGAUGAAUCGGUGUGUUAAUUUGAUAGUUUCUUUUUGUUAUUUGUAUCCAUUGUCGUUACGAUGA